AUGUCUUUUGAUCAAGCCGAAGUUUACAGCACUUCUGUUCUUCCGGGAGAAACUCCCACCCAGGAUCAGAACUCUGAGGUGAUCAAGGCCUUCAAGAGUUUCGUGUUGGAGUUCAGAAUCAACAACCAGUUUAUCUACAGAGAACAGCUCAGAGAAAAUUUGCUAUCCAAGAAAUACCAAUUGAUCGUUCAGAAUGAGCAUUUGAUUGUUUUUAGUGAGGAGUUGAACAAGAGAUUAUGUGAUGAUCCUUCAGAGAUGACGCCUCUUUUUGAGCUGGCAAUCACCGAAAUCGCGAGAAGAAUUACGUAUCUUUCUAACGACGAGGUUCCUCACAACUUCCCCACGUGUCAGUUAGUGUUAAUAACUGGUGAAAACCGAAUUUCUCUGAGAGACCUGGACUCGGAACACAUCUCCAAAAUCGUCAAAGUGUCUGGAAUCGUCAUUAGUGCUUCUUCCUUGAACUCAAGAGCCACGGUUGUAACUCUGAUGUGUCGGUCCUGCAAACACACGAUGAUUCUGAAGGUGCCUCAAACUUUGGGAGCUCCACAAUUCCCCAAGUCUUGCCAGGCUGCUCUUCCACCGGAUCAGAAGAAAAGUGAAUGUCCUCCAGAUCCCUAUCUUAUUGUGCACGAUAAGUCCACGUUCAUCGACCAGCAGGUGCUCAAACUCCAGGAAACUCCAGACAUGGUUCCAGUUGGUGAGAUGCCAAGACACAUCAUUUUGAGUGUUGACAGGUACCUGACCAACCAGGUCAUUCCCGGAACGAGAUGUGACAUCACCGGUAUCUACUCUAUCUACCAGGCAAAGGUUAGAGCGCAGGGUUCGAGCAGCAACGUCGCUAUCAGAAACCCCUACAUGAAGGUCUUGGGUAUACAGACCGACAGAGAGAACGUUGGAAUUGGAGGAAACAUCACCUUCACCGAGGAAGAGGAGGAAGAGUUCUUGGCCCUAGCCAGAAGUGAUGACUUCUAUGAAAGAUUUGCCAGUUCGAUUGCACCUUCAAUCUACGGAAACGAAGACAUCAAGAAGGCCAUUACAUGUCUGCUCAUGAGUGGUUCCAAGAAGCUUCUUCCAGACGGUAUGAGACUGAGAGGUGAUAUCAACGUCCUGCUACUGGGAGAUCCCGGUACUGCCAAAUCUCAGCUGUUGAAGUUCGUUGAGAAGGUUUGUCCCAUCUCCAUCUACACCUCGGGUAAAGGUUCGUCUGCUGCAGGUUUAACUGCCUCGGUUCAGAGAGACCCAAAUACCAGAGACUUCUAUCUGGAAGGAGGUGCCAUGGUGCUGGCAGAUGGUGGAGUGGUUUGUAUUGAUGAGUUCGACAAGAUGAGAGAUGAAGAUAGAGUUGCUAUCCAUGAAGCUAUGGAGCAACAGACGAUUUCCAUUGCCAAGGCUGGUAUCACGACCAUUCUGAAUUCCAGAACUUCGGUGCUUGCAGCUGCCAAUCCCAUUUUUGGUAGAUACGACGAUAUGAAGUCUCCAGGUGACAAUAUCGAUUUCCAAUCCACGAUUCUUUCCAGAUUUGACAUGAUCUUCAUUGUGAAGGACGAGCACAACGAGAGAAGAGAUAUCUCCAUUGCGCAGCACGUCAUGAAUGUUCAUACCACAGGUACCUCCACUGAGAACGAGGUUGCCGGCGAGAUUCCAAUUGAGAAAAUGAAGAGGUAUAUUACUUACUGCAGAUCCAAGUGCGCGCCGCGUUUAUCUCCUGCUGCUAGUGAAAUUUUGUCGUCGCAUUUCGUGGAAAUCAGAAGAAUGGUCAAGCAAAAGGAGGCCAACUCUACUGAAAAGUCUUCGAUUCCGAUUACUGUCAGACAAUUGGAAGCUAUCAUCAGAAUCACUGAGUCUCUGGCGAAGCUGGAGUUGUCGCCAAUUGCUACUGAGAGGCACGUCAACGAAGCUAUUAGACUUUUCAAGGCAUCCACCAUGGAUGCCGUGAACGAGGGUAACAGCGAUACCUCUCAAGUCAACGACCAGAUUGGAAAGAUCGAGGAUGAGCUCAAGAAAAGAUUGCCUAUUGGCUGGUCCACUAGCUAUAACACUCUGAGAAGACAGUUUGUGGAGAAGAACAACUAUACGCAGUACGCAUUGGACAAGGCCCUUUACGUUUUGGAAAGACGUGAGACCAUUCAGUUCAGACAUCAAAGAUCAAACGUCUUCAGGUGUGGUGCUUGA